AGCAGAUUGGUGAAAAAGUGCGAGUUUUGUGUGAAAAUUUUCACGUCGCCCAGCAAUUUUCCAAUUAGUUAAAUUAGAGUUGAUGAAUAAUUUAUUAAUAGUUUGGUAUAAAAACAAUAUCUCUUCAAUUCCCCGUGCCAGCUCUACACUUCUACUAUGUCGUACAACAUAGACGAAAUGAGUUGGUCAGAUGUUCGGAAUCUGUUCCGAAAGUGGCGUGAUGAUAACGAGCGGAAGAGCGAGGAUGUAAUGCAGCUGUGGGAUGCAAUCCUGUGUGACAAGCAAAACAAACUGGGUAAUGAACGUCAUCUAGUUCUGGAGCAGGUGAUGAUCGCGGCACUCGAUUGUAACCGGAUAGAAACGGCUGAGGAUUGCAUUCGGAUACUGACGGCGGAGUUUCCUGGCAGCUUGAGGAUUCAAAAGUACAAGUCAAUGCUGCUUGAGGCGCUGGAACGCUACGACGAUGCAUUGGACGUGCUGGAACAGAUUAUCAAGAAGGAUGAAACGAACGCUGCACCCCGGAAGCGGAAGGUGGCCAUUUACAAAGCGCAAGGCAGAACGGCCGAAGCUAUUCGGGAAUUAUGCGACUACAUGAAACGAUUCAUGUCUGAUCAAGAAGGAUGGCACGAAUUGUGCGGUUUGUAUCUGGCCGAAGGAGAGUACGCCAAAGCUGCCUUCUGUAUGGAGGAAGUUCUGCUGCACAACCCGCAUAGCCACUUGAUUCAUCAGAGGCUAGCAGAUAUUCGCUAUACGAUGGGUGGUCUCGAUAAUAUUGAAAUCGCAAAGUCCUACUACUGUCAAGCUGUUAAGCUGAACCAGAACAAUCUGCGGGCGCUUUAUGGAUUGUUUUUGUGCUGCGGCCACCUAGCGAAUUCAAAGACCCCUCUUAAUAAACGAAAAGAAGCCCAAAAACUGGCGCAAUGGACUAUUGCUCAGAUACAGGAAAAGACCGUUAAAUCACCAGCUGCCCUGCCCAAGGCUGGUAAAUCAUCCGAAAAGCAACCCAAAGAUGAAGUAGCCGCCCUCGAGCAAGCUUUCGGUGGAUUGGACAUGGCCAAAGCGAAUUGACAAACUGACCAUCGUCAGCCAAAGGUUCGCUUUGGAGCCACCAUUAUCAACACUUCUUCUAUCGUACCGUUUUAUUUCACGACAUCUAGUAGUUCACCUUUCAUAUUACGACCCUUGAGAUACUUUCUGUUAUAAAUCUCCACAUUGUACAAUACAGCGGAUUCCCGCACAAGUAUGUGCCAGAGAAAAAGGGAUUUUAAUUGCAAUAAAUAUUGCACCGACGGAAGAGAUACAGGUAUUGCAUUUCUUUUACUGUAUUUGUGCAAGCCUAGAUUAAACCACGUUCCAUUUUAUGGAUUGCAUUCUAGAUGCAUUAUAAUAAUUGAAUCAUUCGUAAGAACCAGCGAAGAUGUUGUAGCAGCGAAGACGCAAAUCCGGUAUUUAAAGGGAAAGGAUAAAAAAACACAUGAAUAUAAUGAUAGCCAUUUGGAUGUUUGUUGUGCAAAAUACGCGUACACGGUAAAUAUAAAACGUUAAUUUAAACAUUUCAGACGUAAAAGGCAAACUAUAUAUUUGGAAUAAGUUAGCGGGUAGUGAUAGAGGUAGAGCGGGAGAUGUAGGAUCAAAGUUCAAUAAAGU